AUGGACCCUCUCACAGGCCUCGGCGCUUUAUCCGGCGCCGCCCAGCUCCUGGAUGCUUCAAUCAAGUUUUCGCACAGCGCAUACAGGUUCUUGGACUCGUUGAAACACGCGACAGAAGAUAUUCGUCUUCUGCGCAAAGCGCUCCAGGAAACCGAGGUCCUCAUGCGAGACAUACAAUCCUACACGGCCGAACUCCAACGAUCGCCGCCAUCCGCACUGGUCGACAGCGUGUCGCAUGACUCCAUCGUCCAAAUCACGCAGCAAUUUUCCUCGGAUAUGCAAGCCCUCCGCAAUUACCUGCCCACCGAGACCACGACACCAUCACUUUCAAAAAGGUUCAGAUUUGCCAUUGACAGGAGAUCGAUAUGGGAAAUCAUACAGAGGUUAGAGCAACGGAAGAGUUCAGCGACUGUUGCGUUGGCAGUUAUCGGCAGGUUUCAUGAUGUCAAGCUGCGAGAUGCAGUUCAGAGGCUCGGUGCUGGCAACUCGGUGAUUUCAUGCAGUCUUGAGGAACAACGUCGGGAUAUCCUCGCACAGAGUCAGAAACUGGAGGAGAUUCAGACGUGGGUUCUGGAGUGCCUGAAGGGGAAACCGGCAGACCCUACGCCCGCCAAUGUGCUUCAUGGGCAAGUACAACCCACGGAAUCUACGGUAAAUCACCAUCAGGAGUACUCUGAAUGGCAGUUCACGACGGGCUGUCAAGACAUACUUGCAAGGAUCAUCCGAGCCGAGUUGAGGCAGCAGUUAAAGCCCAUCUCUGAUCGACUCGCAGAUGUGUCUGGGCUGAUCGACGGCAUUGCUGUAGCAAGCGCCACGCAUUCAACCCAGUCGGCACCCAUCUUCUCCCAGGUAGGAAAGCAGCCGAGUAGAAUCGAGGUUGCUACGUAUUAUGGUGCUUUCAAGACAUGCAGAUAUAUUCUCCACGAAACGGGGUCCGAGGGGCAGAGGCUUUUGGAGGGGAGACUUGGGUACGAUAAAUGGCGUUUCGCCCUCUUAGCCGCUUAUAUCCGGGAACCCUUUGUCCUGAAAGAGACUCUGCAGCUAUUCCAAGGCUACAACUAUUUCUUCGUUCGACGCCCCUUCAUACACUCGAUUUGGUCAUGUAUCUACCGGCGGCGGCAUAUCGUUGGUGUGGACUAUGAAAGCAUCAUUCAACGUACCACCCUAUUGAUUGAGUUUGGUAUUCCUCUUCUGCCGUUUCAAGGGAUGGAAAUCAAUGACCCGGGCCGGAGCGCGUUCCUGCUUGACCUCUAUCUGCGCACUGGCGGCGACCCAAAUGGACUCGACGAACAUGGCCGUCUAGGCAUUAUUUCCAUACUGGAAGCCGUAGAUUCACGGAACGACCCGUGCUCAUGUCUUGGCAAGCUCAUGUCUUUGAUUCGAGCGGGAGCAGACGUCUACCACGUCCAGUCCGGAGACGAUCCUGAAAGCGCUCGGACUCUCACUGACAUCGCCUACGAUUUAGACGUUGAGGAUCUCUGGUUCGAGGCAUUGGAACGCUGUGGUUUGAAUGUGGACGAUGUGUGCGAUGAGUCUGACAGGAGAUUGGAGGAACACAGGCGGCUGCACGGUGCAAAGCGGACUGGCGUUGAUACUCUGGAGGGAUUUUCGGUGUCGUAG